UCUUGUGAAGUUUACAUUCCAAAUCAUUCACACCAAAUGAAACUGCCCAAAUUGAGGAAAUGCAAAACAAGACCUGUACGUCUUAAUUAUGAUCAUGAACAGAAAAUGAGAUACAUAAUUCUUGUCUUGCUAAAACUCACAAGUAAAUAUAUAUGCAAUGGAAACGUCUCUAAAAUCUAAACAGAAACGAACAUGCAUAAAUAAAUAAAACAAACAAGACAUUAAGAACUAAUGUCUCUUGUUUAUUUAUGAUAUAAUAAAUAUCAAUGCAUGAAAACUAAUGCUAUCAUUCACCAUACACACUAAGAACACAGCCAUGAAGACAACUAUAACACUAACAUUAAGCUUUGCUGUCAUAUGCAAUCUAUGGAUAACAGCAAGUGCAUAUCCUGCAAUGCACAAAAAUGUUUCAACUGAUCCAGAAGUCAUGAAGAAGAGGUAUGAGACCUGGUUGAAACGGCACGGACGACAUUACAGAAACAGAGAAGAAUUUGAAGUUCGUUUCGACAUUUACCAAUCAAAUGUUGAGUUUAUAGAGUUCUACAACUCUCAAAACUAUUCUUACAAGCUCACAGACAACAGGUUCGCAGAUCUUACAAAUGAAGAGUUCAAAAGCACCUAUCUUGGUUAUCUACCGCGGUUGCGUGUAGAGACAGAAUUCAUGUAUCAUCAACAUGGUGAUCUGCCAAAAAAUAUAGAUUGGAGGAAGAAAGGUGCCGUUACACAUGUCAAAGAUCAAGGCCGUUGCGGAAGUUGUUGGGCGUUCUCAGCAGUGGCAGCUGUGGAAGGCAUCAACAAGAUAAAAACAGGAAAGUUGGUUUCUCUGUCAGAACAAGAGCUGAUAGAUUGUGAUACUAAAAGCGGGAACGAAGGGUGCGAAGGUGGCGACAUGGAAAUAGCCUUCAGCUACAUAAAAAAGCAUGGAGGGCUGGACAGUUCUAAAGAUUAUCCUUAUGAAGGAACAGAUGGUAAAUGUAAUAAGGCAAAAGCUGAAAAGCAUGUUGUAACAAUAAACGGUUACGAAAGCGUACCUGCUGGCAACGAGAAAAUGCUAAAAGCUGCAGUUUGUUAUCAGCCUGUGUCAGUUGCAACUGACGCUGGAGGUUAUGCAUUUCAGUUUUAUUCAAAAGGUAUCUUCUCUGGAAGUUGUGGAAAGGAUCUCAAUCAUGGGAUGACAAUAGUUGGGUAUGGAGAAGAAAGUGGUGAAAAGUAUUGGCUUGUCAAGAAUUCAUGGGCAAAUGACUGGGGUGAAUCUGGUUAUGUUAGGAUGAAGCGUGAUAUUACUGAUAAAGAUGGCACUUGCGGCAUUGCCAUGGAUGCUACAUACCCUGUCAAGCAUUAAGCAUGCAUCAUAUUUUCAAAAUUGAUUAACACAACCUCAAAUAAUUAUGUCAUAUAAAAAGAAUUAAUUAAAAUCAAUUUUAUAUUUUUAAAAUUGCAUUUAUGAUAUUAUUGCCGAUUUAUAUUAGACAUUGGUAGGAGCUUUAUGUGACUUAAAUUUAUUUGUGAAUGGAAAAAACAUUGCGUCCAUAUCUUUCACCAAUUCCCAGUCACAUGUAUGUGAUAUUUUUCAAUUAUUGGGUUUGAGGAUGUAUCCCACCAA